CGAGUAACCAGAGUAUACACAGUCCUGCUGCUGCUGCCGCCAUGUGUUUUUAUAGAUCAUUUACACAGAGAGCAAGGGAUGAUGGAGUCCUAUGUAAGAAAUUACAGUGAGAGGAACUUAAAAACCAAUCAUCUGCUACAGUCCAAACAACUGCAGAGGGGGUGCAAGAUACCUAGCACUCCUUCCUCCAUUCCUACUAAAUACCAGACUGUGUUUAUUGCUGAAUCAGAGAAGAAAGGUUUCAACUCUAGGUCAUUGAGAUUUUCCUACAGUCUGAACCAGAAUGAAAAUCCAGGUCCAGGAUCUUAUAAUGUUGGACAAGGACCUGACAUUAACAGUGUCUCAUUAUCAGCUAAAGGGACAGGAAGUUUUCCAUCAAAGGCAUCUAAAGGCUUGUUCUUUAAGGUUAUCCGAACUCCAGCUCCUAACACUUACUACAUACAGGAUACAUUGUUUUCAAAGAAGGAUUUUAACAAAAGCUACUCCAGCAUGUUUCAUCAGCCUAUUACUACAAAGGUGGAAGAUGCAAAGCACAUGACACCGUCUCCAAAUCAGUAUGAUGCAUCUAUAAAUUAUUGUCAUCCAAAUAACAAUGUGUCUGCACAUGCUGCUUUUGUUUCAAGGACAAAGAGAGACGCUAUACAUUUGACUCCUCUAAAAGGACCUUCACCUUGUCACUAUACAGUGAAUGUCUCCUUAGUUAAGGAAUCUCCCAAGAUCCUAGUAUCAUGCUUCAAGUCAAAGACUUCUCGGGAUGUUUUGAACGCGACCGCAAAUAACCCAGGACCAGCCAGCUAUGAGCCAUAUAGUUCUCCUGAUAUAACGAAGAAGACAGUCUUCCCGAAGAAACAUUACCUGUGUUUCUCAGCUCCUGCGGAACCAGUUCCCAAGACCCCAGAUGUGCCAGGCCCAGGACAGUAUGAACUUGUUGACUAUGAAGGACCCCCCAAACAUUACUUUUCUAGUGCUGCAUUUGUAUCCAACACAAGUCGUUGGGCAGGAGAUGUCUCAGGAGCUGAUGUUCCCGGGCCAGGUGCUUAUCAUCCAGAAUGCUCAGGAAAACAGUCCUUUCUCUACAACAAUGACAAGAAAUGGAUUCCAGCUUAAGCCACAAAUAAAGCAAGGCUCUGAUAGACUACAAAUAAACUGCAGUCCUAUGAAAGUUGCAUUGACUGAUCUAUUAAUACUAAACCUCCAUGGUUGUGUAUUGUUUUGUGCCUAUGGGAUUUUCUGAAUGUAAAGAUAUAGGGCCUACUUCAUGUUUGUAUCCACAAGUGUGAUUUUCUAGGCUAUGGAACAGCUAAUGUUAGCAAAUGAAGCUGCUGCCCAGAAUUGAAAAGAGAUGCCUCCCUGGAGGCAUCACAAGCUCAUUCGCAAUUGCGUACACAUUUGAAGCCCACCCACUGCGAUCAUGCUGUAAUUGCUAUCGCGCUGCAAUUACAGUGUGGUGGCAGAAAUCGUUGAUACCUCCUGCAGGCGCAGCCUAGUUGCAACGCAGGAGUCCCGCCGACACGCAGCCGACCCUAAAAUGCCGCCGCCUCGCGCCAGUUUUCCCACCGCUACCCCCUGCUCAACCUGUUCGCAGUUAAUGAGAUCCAAUCAGAUGGGACCUGUGCGUGCGCAGAGUGCACCUUUCUAAAAAAAAGUGGUUGCAUAGCGAUUGCGAUGCGACCUGAAUUAGGCCCAAUAUGAAUACAUGGCCCUUAGGCUUAGCAUAUGCUAGUUAAUGGAGAGGAAUGCUUUUGAGCCUUCACCAAAAACUUUCAUGAUGUUUUCUGCUACACAAUGGCUAACAUCAUCUGAAGCAAAGCUCCAAACAGCUAAGCAGCUUUUGCUCCAUUUAUCAAGGUUCCCCUUUAAUUAUUUGCCCCGAAACAAAAUAAAAAUAAAAACGGACAACCCUCCGUAACAGCCAUUUUCUGAGGAUUGUCCAAAUGUUUAGCAUGAUACGUAGGCCCCAUAAUGUUAUAUACUGUGUCAUAAUCAUAAUUAACUGUUGCAUGGGCACAUACAACACUCUUUCUAUUUCUUCUAUGUGGAGUGUGUUAACGUAAUAUUAUAUUCAAAAUACUAUAAAUUGCAGUUCAUGUAAUGGUAGGUAGACCUAAUGCUUGCACCUUUUUUCACAGUACAGUAAUACAAUAUAUCUAGGGAUUAACCAAUUGCCAAAUUAACUCUUGAGAUUAAUGCUAAUAAAUUACAGAUUGUAUCAUAGAA